UAAUUAUUUUUCUCUUUCUUUUUUAUCAAUUUGUCAUUUCUUGCCAAAUUUGCUUAAGAAUUUCUAGCCUUCCUUCUCCUAUUUCUUUCUCUCUCUCUCUCUCUCUCUCUUUCUCUCUCGAUCUGAAAAUCGAUCAUAUCAUGUCAACCGAAGCUAGAAAAGAUCCGACUGAAGCCGGGUCAUCGUCGAGAACGACGACGACGACGACGACGGCGGCGUUGAGUCGGUACGAGUCACAAAAACGACGUGAUUGGAACACGUUCGGACAGUAUCUGAAAAAUCAAACGCCGCCGGUUUCACUGUCGCAGUGUAACUGCAACCACGUGCUGGAAUUCUUGAGGUACUUGGAUCAGUUCGGAAAGACUAAGGUUCAUUUACAUGGGUGUGUUUUCUUCGGGCAGCCUGACCCACCUGCCCCUUGUACCUGCCCACUCCGUCAAGCAUGGGGAAGUCUCGACGCGCUGAUCGGACGUCUUCGAGCGGCGUACGAAGAACACGGCGGAUCGCCUGAAACAAAUCCUUUCGGAAAUGGAGCCAUUCGUGUUUAUUUAAGGGAAGUUAAGGAGUGUCAAGCUAAAGCAAGAGGAAUUCCGUACAAGAAAAAGAAGAGAAAAAGAACUCAAUUGAAAUCCAACGAUGAUGAUAUCAACAACAACAACAACAACAACAAACAACCCAUCAAGCAUCUCCCUUGAUUCAAUUUAUCCUGUAAGAGGGCUUGAGGUUCUCUCCAAACAAAUCUAUUCACUCCCAACAAUGAGAGCUCGUCAAUUCUCAAUUCUAAAGUAAAUAUCCAAGUAGAGAACGAGCAGAGAUUACACUUCCUCUUUUUAAGGUGAGUAGGAAACACCUUAGAAGAAAUGAGGCUCACUAGUUUUCUCUAUUCCAAAAUCUGAAGAUUUGUGUUAUGAUAUAUAGGUUUAAGUCGACUCUAAUAAAGUGACAAAAAUAAGGGACUUCCACAAUGGUACAACAUUGUUUACUUUUAGCAUAAUCACUCAAAAACCUCAUAUUGAUGAAGUUUAUUACUCUCAAUUAUAUAUAAUUAAUCUCUUCUUUUUCUGAGUAUCGUAGAUCUUUGUUUGGACUCCUAUCCAUGUCAUUGUUAGGGACAAUAACUCACCACUAUCUUCACAAUUAUAUGAUAUAUAUGUCUACUUCAGACAAUACAUAAGCUCACAUGUCUUUAUAUAGCCAAUGACCACUAAGUCUCUCCCCUCAAAUGAUUAUCUAUCCAUCGAUCUAACUCGAUCCUUAUCUAGGUCAACUCCUAAAUGUUCGCUAGAGCACACAACAUAAUCAAUAGAGCCUGUCCCCUUUAGGCAUAAGCCAACAUGGUUUUAGUUUUGAUUUUCACCGAGAAGAGCUCAUGAGAAUUGAUAUUGUUUCACAUGCAUAAACAUAAUUCUCCUUCGCUCUGGCCACCAUGGGACUAGUUACAUUACCAAUAUAUAUUUUUUUUUUGAAACUCAAUCUAAACUUAAAUAAUUAAAACAUUAUUUACCCCAAAUAAGAGGUUAAAGAGAUUCGAAUUCUUCUCACUUACCAAAUUAUGUCCAAAGUACAAAAAGAAAAAAAAAAAAAAAAAAGCUCCUAUUUUAACUCCUCUAAUUAGGGAAGAGGAAAUUGAAUCCAAGAUAUAAUAGACGAAGUUACAUUGAACAACCCAACCUCAUGGAGAAGUUAUAUUUGAUUUAUGGAUAACAUGCAUGUAUUUGUAGUUUAUUAAGUUGGUACCUUUUUUACAUUUUAAAUCUUAUUAGGCCUUGAAAUCUAACAUAAAUAGAUGUGAAAUUUUAAUUGGGUUUUUCUUAGAUUUCAAAGAGUAGAAUAAACUUUAUUUUUAAAUGUUCCUAUUUUAAUUUGGAUUUCUUAGAAUAUACAAUACCUUAUUAUUUUUUUAAAAUUGGUAUUAUUUAAUGAAAAAACAAAUAUUUCUUCAAUAAAAAUAUAGUAUAAUUUACAACAAUGACAUUUUAAAUUCCUAUGCCUAUAAUUUGUGGUACAUCUGAUAAAUUUUACAAUAAUUAUAUUUCUGUUUGAAAGUUCAAAUUUCUCACUCAAAUUUUUUAACUAAAAAAAAAUUCUUAUUAAUUUCAAAUCAAUUUAACUCGAUAAAAAAAAUCUCUGAAAAAUUGAAUUUAAGAAAAAUAAAUAAAAGAUUUUAAUUCUUUUUACCAACCCUUUGCUGUUCUUAACAAUUAUAGCAAAUAUAGGAAAAGCUUCGUAUUUCUUUGAUUGUGGUCUAGUGUGAGGAGUUUAGCUAGCUAGAUUAUCUUUUUUUCUUUUAAGAAAAUAGAAAACUAUUACCUUGACUCAGCUUAUAUAUCAGAGAAAAUGUUUAGCAAAACCAUUAACUUUUUUAACCAGACACAAAUAGAAGAUAGAGAUCAGGAGGUGUACCCAAUCACUAGCACCUUUGUCGACUCUUAAAUCCAUACAAAACAAAACUUCAUUAUCACAAA